AUGAUCGACAAAUUGAAGACGACGUACGACAUGCAGCCGCACCCCGAGGGCGGCUUCUUCAAGGAGACCUACCGCGCCGAGUCGCGCAUCACCUCGUCCUUCGGCGAGCGCAGCGCGUCGACGGCGAUCUACUUCCUGAUCACGCCCGGCUCCGUGUCGCGGCUGCACCGCAUCCGCGCCGACGAGGUCUGGCAUUUCUCAGCGCACUUUUAUCUCGGCGGUCCCAUGACCGUCGUCGAGCUCGUCGACGGCGCGGCGAAGUGCACGACGCUCGGCCACGACGUGCUCGACGGCCAGCUCGUGCAGUACACGGUCAAAGCCGGCACGUGGUUCGGCUCCUUCCCCAACGCCGGGUCGGCCUACUCCUUCGUCGGCUGCACCGUCGCGCCGGGCUUCGAGUUCGAGGACUUCGAGUUGGGCUCGCGCGCCGCGCUCCUCGCCGAGUUCCCGGACGCCAGAGACCUCGUCGUCAAACUCACGGAGGGGCUUCCCUAA